GUACAAUGCUUGUCGACCCUGAUACCUCUGGUCCUCUUGUAUUUCUAGUCAUUUUUCCAUUAGCUUUUACAAUGACCGCAUUUUAUAUAUGGACACUUCAAUCAAUUACAACUACUCUUCAAACUCUUGAAAUUCGUAGACACGAAGAGUUAGCGCAGGAUGACGACGAUGAUUUGGAGAAUAACAGUCAUGCAUUGGAAAGUCUUGGCUACGAACAGAUAAAAUAUAGAAAUCCCACACGAGAUCAUAGCGAGACUGAAAGAUUGCACGGUAAUGGGACUGCAAUAUUUGAUAUUGGGGAUGAACACGAUGGUGAAUGGGACGAUGAUGAAGAAUCAACUUUAAGGGCAAGUAGAAGAGAUAGUUCUGGAAGUCAUGAGUCACCACCUAGGCGUGACGAAGAAAUAACUCAUGCUGAUCAAGAAAUUUCAAAAUUAAAUUAA